AUGGUCCCAGAUGGUCAGUUAUCUUUGGAUGAGUUAUAUUUCCUACUGCCAGAGACUAAGAAUCUCACCAUUGAUGAUCUCGUGUCAUCACGAUCAACGGGUUAUUGCUCCCUCUUUCACUCAUUGGUUUGUGGCUUAGUCCGCCAGACUGCUAAGUCGUACGCGAUCGACCGAGAACCGAUGUCACAGAUACAAUGGUGCGGACUUCUCAGAACCUGCCUCCAACUUGACCCCGCUGGUCUUUAUCAUCUUGAAGAAGCCGAAUUCUGCUGUCACACACCUGCCAGAAUUCAAACCCCGUUCUCAUUGCUAUUUGAAUAUGCCCCGCAUUCUAUGAUUGGUUUUGUAUCAAGCGGUCGAUGGCCCUCAUUUCUCCAACGUAAAGAGAGGAUAAUGUCAGUUUGGCUGGAUGUUUUGACCUUGAAUGGCACUGAUCUCUUAGAAUAUGGGCGCAAAGAAAGACGGCUUUAUGAUGAAGGCCUGAUACUUCAGCAUACGUAUUACAAACUUUUUCACGUGUCGUAUGGGCAACGUCUCCUUGGUAUUACUUAUGGAAAAUCGAAAGAUGAUUGGAGGUUUUGGUGGGUUGCCGAAUAUGAGCAUUAUGUAGGCGACUUUUGGGAAAUGGUUCAUCAGGUGGAUCUGGACGUGAAAGUCCCUGGCAGCUGGGUAGACGAGUGCGAUUAUGAUCAUUAUAGUCCCUAUCGAGAGGAGAGACCAAGAGGGUUAUGGUUCCUCGAGGAGCACAUGCCGUUGAUAUGGUCUGAACAUCGUGAGGUAAAAGCACCGCUCUGA